GUGAGCUAAGGGAAUAUAAAGAUAUAUAGUCAGAAAUCACACAAGAUUUUAUCUUAUUAUUUUAUACUUUAAGCUCUCAAAAUUACAAAACAAAGAAUAUUAAAAACUGCAAGAGAAAAGUAUCAAGUUAACUUUAAGAGCAAUCCUAUUAGAAUUGUAACAGAUUUUUCAACAGAAACAAUACAAGCCAGGAGAGAAUAGAAUGAUAUAUUCCAAGUUCUGGAAACAAAAAGUCUAGCAGAAUGCUUUAACCAGCUUAGCUAUAUUUCAUAAGUGAAGAGAAAUAUAAUUCUAAGACACACAAAAAUUGAAGAAAUUUGCCUCUAUCAGAUCAGCUUUAUAAACAAUGCUUAAAGAAGUCCUAUAAAUAGAACCAAAGAAAGAUAACUAUCAUGAUGGAAAUACAUGAAAUUAUUGAAUUUCUGACAUUGACUUGCUUGCUGAAAGUGGCAGAAGAUGCUGGUUUAUUCCUCAAAUGGACACGAUAGCCAGGGUGAGUACAGGCCGAAACUAGGAGCCAGGAAGUCCAUUCUGGUCUCCCACAUGGGUGGGAGGGGCCCAAGUCUUUGAGACAUCUUCCCACUGCUAGCUUUAAUACUGAGCUGGAUUGGAAGCACAGCAUCAGGGAAUUGAAUGGUCACUCUGAGACAGGAUGACAUUACAAGUGGCAAGUAAACCUCUGCUCCACAACACUGGUUCCCUUCCUCAAACUUUUUGAAAUGUCUUUAUUCAUUGAUUUGGACCUUACAUUUCACUGAUGGGUCUUCAUAGAUUCCUGAUGUCAAUUCAGUCAAGUAAGAUCAAAAGGAUUAAAGAAUAGUACAUAGGCAUAAAUCAUAUGUGAAUAUGACUUACUUUUUCAGUCAAGUGAUCACAUGUAUCCUAAAGCUUGAUUUUUUCUUUUUACAGGCAGAAUUAGACAGUGAGAGAGAGAAACAGAGAGAAAGGUCUUCCUUUUCCCUUGGUUCACCUCCCCCCCAAAUGGCCGCUAUGGCCAGCAUGCUGCACCGAUCUGAAGCCAGGAGCCAGGUGCCUCCUCCUGGUCUCCCAUGCGGGUGCAGGGCCCAAGGGCCUGGGCCAUCCUCCACUGCACUCCCGGGCCACAGCAGAGAGCUGGACUGGAAGAGGGGCAACUGGGACAGAAUCCGGCACCCCAACCGGGACUAGAACCUGGGGUGCCGGUGCCGCAGGAGGAGGAUUAGCCUAGUGAGCUGUGGCGCUGGCCUAAACUUGAUGUUUUAAUAUGCAUCUGCAUGUUACUACUUUGAGUCUGGUGUUUUAAAAUUAGGAAUGAGUUUAUAUGGUGGUAAUGAUUACCUUAGGCUGGUGAAAAUAGUACUAUGUCCAGUUUUAUGUUGUUAACAUCUUAACACCGAUAUGUGAAAGGCUUUUGUGGUAGAAUUUAUUUCAAAUUCAACUUCACUUUCUGAUUACACAUUGCUCUUACUAAAUCAAAUGCCAUUACUUCUUAGGUACACCUAUCACCUCCUUACUUUCAUUCCAAAUGACUGUUUUUCCUGCCCCUCAGAAACAUUCAAGUAAAUUUAUGUGUGAGUGGCUCCAUCUUGUGUGUUGGAGAGUUUGGUGUCAGGGAUAAAGCUCAUAUGCUGGCAGAGACCUGAAGGAUGAGGAACACACCCUGGUUCCAUUAGCUCCAUUCUCUGCUGCAGGCUCCACUUCUUCCUAUCCACUGGCACCUCCUGGCUUCCAAUAAGGCUCUUUCCUUUCAUCCAUCAGUACAGUAAAGUCUAACACACAGGCAUUCUGAAAAUUUCCUUAGAGCUUUUCUAGGGGUUACUAGAUUUGAAUACUAGCAGGAGGAAGAAGUAUUCCUCUUAUGACACGUUCUUCUUUUACCCAAAUUUGUGCAAAAACAGGAAAAUGACCUACAUAUGCUUCUGUGAAAAUAUAUGAAAAGAGUCUCCAACACUCUCUUCUGCCAUGCUCCUCUCAGGAAUUUUGCCAAAUCUCAAUCAUCAUGAUUUUCUGUGUAUAUUUGUGAUCUCUGCUAGGGUCAGGAGUCCACAGUCACUGUCCUAGAGAGCUGCCAGGUGGCUAACCUGAUUGUCACCUGCUACACAGGGUGGAACCACAGGUGACCAAGGCAUUUGCCAGAACUAGGAAGACCACUGAAGAAUUGGAGGAGAUGCUGAAUGGGUAGAAGUCUCAAGGACCUCAGACUUCUGAAGUGUAUCACAUCCUCAAACAGAAAGAACCAGCUGACAAGUUUCCAUCUGCAGUAUAUCAGAUCUGUGAAGGCAGACUCUUCCUAGAGAUGUCGUCUCCAGAGCCAUCAGAGUAUAUCUGAAGUUAGCCAUGCAACACAUUGGAGAAUGUUUUAUCUUUCUAAUCAAUCUUCUGUUUUCACAUGGAACUAUGUGACUUGGCAACAACAUGUUUGCUUGAAGGUAAUCCUAGUUUGGAUAGUUAUAUAUUUUUAUAGUUUAACUUUUUAAUUGUGAGAGACAAUUCAUUGGCUAAGAUGUACUGGGCAGUAACUAUAUACACAUGUAAACAUGUAAUUGUGUACUGUUUCUCAUUCUGUGAGACCAAAAUUUUAUGUCCAUUUUAAAAAUUGCUUUUGAAACUUUCCUACUGUGAUAGUUUAUAAGAUUAUGACUGGGGCUGGCACUGUGGCAAAGAAGGUUAAACUGGGGCCAGCAUGGUGGCAGAGAAGGCUAAGCCUCCAUCUGCAAUGCUGUCAUCCCAUAUAAGCACUGACUCAAGUCACGGCUAUUCCAUUUCUGAUCCAGCUCCUGAUAAUGUACCAGAGAAUGCAGCAGAGGAUGGCCAAGUCCUUGGGCCACUGCACACACAUGGGAGACCUGGAUGAAGCUCAUGGCUCCUGGCGUCAGCCUGGCCCAGUCCCAGCUGCUAUGGCCAUAUGGGGAGUGAACCAACAGAUGAAAGAUUUCUCUAUCUCUCCCUCUCUCUCUGUAACUCUGCCUUUCAAAUAAAUAUAUAAAUAAAUAAAAUAUUUUAAAAAAACAUUGGGAAGGAGGACCCUUCUCUUCAUCUCUCUCUCUCUCUCUCUCACUGUAACUCCACCUACUAUUUCAAAAGACAGCUGUUUCAUGCAGUAGGGUCUAGGUGUAUUCACAGCUGAGUGGGAAUUGAGAUAAAGGACUCUGAGAUGUGAAGGUCUAUUAAGUACUAGUGUAGGUUAUUGGGUGUUGGGAUAUCUGAGAAUUUUUCAUUCUGUUCAAGAUCUCUGUCCUGGCAUGCAUUCUGCCCCUUUCCCCCUCCCAGGACCUCCACAGAAUAUACAUUCACAUUUCUAUCUAAACUUGAGAGCUGGAAGGAGCAAUAUAAUGGCUCUGGGACAGAAGACAGGUGAAAGGCAGUAAGCAAAGGAUGUAGUAGAUGUCUGCUUUGUUUUUAUUUUGACAUGCAGCCUUCACUCUCACUUCUGGAAAUGUAUCUCUGUUGCCUUCUUUUUUGGCUGGCGCUGCGGCUCACUAGGCUAAUCCUCCGCCUUGCGGCACCGGCACACCGGGUUCUAGUCCUGGUUGGGGCGCCGGAUUCUGUCCCAGUUGCCCCUCUUCCAGGCCAGCUCUCUGCUGUGGCCAGGGAGUGCAGUGGAGGAUGGCCCAAGUGCUUGGGCCCUGCACUCCAUGGGAGACCAGGAGAAGCUCCUGGCUCCUGCCUUCGGAUCAGCGUGGUGCGCCAGCCAUGGCAGCCAUUGGAGGGUGAACCAAUGGCAAAGGAAGACCUUUCUCUCUGUCUCUCUCUCACUGUCCACUCUGCCUGUCAUAAAAAAAGGCAAGUUUUACUAAUAAUGGAUGAUCAGAUAAAUUCACCAAAAAUAUAUUGAUAAUUCAUUUGAUUAUAAAUGAAGAAAACACACUUGAGUUAUAAAAUACACAUACCCAUUUGAGAAUUUGAAAAACACAGACAAAAGAAAAAGAUAUAUUCCUUAAUUAUUGAAAAAAGGAAUUAUGUAAUUUGAAUUACUGGUUCAAAUAUGUUUCAAAUUUGAAUUACUAUAUUUAGUGAAGAAUCCUUGUACUCAUUCAAUAUUCCAAUUGUCUUUUAUAGUGAUCAUUUCCAAAACAUGGUAUGCACCACCCCAUUUAAUUUUUUCUUCAGUUUUUUCUUCAUACUACUUGUUGAAUUCCUUACUUAGUGGAGAGUUAAUCUUGUGAGUAUAAAUUAAGCUGAAAAUACAUCUUCGUAAAAAUCAAGAGUGGGAAUAGGAGAGGGUGGAGAAAGCAGUGUGGGAGCAUGGGUGGGAGGGAGGGUAGAGUGGGAAGUAGCACUAUAUUCCUGAAUCUAUAUAUAUGAAAUACAUGAAAUUUGUAUAUUUUAAAAAAAUUUUAAAAAAACCAAGAAAAUUCUGUCUUUAUCAAGAUAUACUAAAUAGACAUUGCUAAGAUCUUCCGUCUUCCCUAGCAGAGCAGGAUAGCUAUUUUAAAACAGAAUGCCAAAUGAUAAAAGGAAAGAGUGAAGCUAUAAAUAUGUCACAUUUCAAAUAGCUAAGGAGCAUCCACAGUCAGAUGCUUUUUAAGCCGGGAAGAUUUAUCUCAGAGGCAUCCUAAGUAAGACUGUCCAAAAAGACCAUCUUUUCUCUCUCUCUCUCUCUCUUUUUUUUUUUUUUUUUUUUUUUUUGGACAGGCAGAGUGGACAGUGAGAGAGAGAGACAAAGAGAAAGGUCUUCCUUUGCCAUUGGUUCACCCUCAAAUGGCUGCCGCGGCCGGCGCGCUGCGGCCGGUGCACCGCGCUGAUCCGAAGGCAGGAGCCAGGUGCUUCUCCUGGUCUCCCAUGGGGUGCAGGGCCCAAGCACUUGGGCCAUCCUCCACUGCACUCCCUGGCCACAGCAGAGAGCUGGCCUGGAAGAGGGGCAACAGGGACAGAAUCUGGCGCCCCGACCAGGACUAGAACCCGGUGUGCCAGUGCCGCAAGGCAGAGGAUUAGCCUAUUGAGCCGCAGCGCCGGCCAGAGACUAUCUUUUCUCAAGAUCUCAUUGCUCAGAAAAGGUAGAGUUCAAGUUCAAUUGCAAACAUGUUUUGGUCUGAAUUUACCAAGAAUUUUUUUUUUUUACUUUUUUUUUCUAUAGAUUUAUUUGUUUGAAAGAGUUACACAGAGAAAGGAGAGGCAGAGGGCGGGGAGGGAAAGGGAGAGGGAGAGAGAGGUCUUCCAUCCGCUGGUUUGCAGAGCUGGGCCAAUCUGAAGCCAAGACCCAGGAGCUUCCUCCGGGUCUCCCACGUGGGUCCAGGGGUCCAAGGACUUGGGCCAUCUUCCACAGCCUUUCCAGACCAUAGCAGAAAGCUGGAUCGGAAGUGGAGCAGCCAGGACUGGAACCGGCGCCCACAUGGGCUGCGGGCACUGCAGGCAGGGGCUUUACCCGCUGUGCCACAGCACCCGUCCCUUUCCAUCUAAAGCAUUCCUGAACUCUAACUUUUAUUUCCUUAAAGGCAGAGCUACAAGGAGAGGAUGACGGGUGACAGAGAAAGAUCUUCUAAACGCUGUUCACUCCCCAGAGGCUGACACCAGGAGCCUGGAACUCGAUCCGGGUCUCCCCCAUGGAUGGCAGGGCCACAUGGUUGGGCCGUCUGCCACCACCUUCCCAGGCCCACCAGCAGGGAGCUGGAUCGGAAGUGGAGCAGCGGGGACCUGAACUGGUUGCCAUGAGGGUUGCUGGCGUGUAGCAAGGCUGCCAGAGACCAGGGCAUCACCGGCCCGCAGGCCCGGACACCUGGGACAGGGUAGGGGUGGGGCCAGCAGCAGGAGCUCACGGUGGUGCUGAGUGGACGGCCGGGGCUGCUGGACCUAGCCUGGCCAGCGGGCUCAGGUAGGCACAGAGCAGCUGGGGGCAGGGGGUGGGCAAGGUGCAGGGAGCCCAGCCUCUGUGGGGGGACCGUGGGAGGGCACUGCAUUUUUAAAAGGAAGAUUUACUUGGGGACAGGCUUAAGCCACAGCCCACAUGGAGUUCCGAAUGAUGGCCUGGAACGCAGUGGAAGACCGCCCAAGUGCCAGGGCCCGCGCCCACCUGGGAGCCCCCAUGGAGUUCCUGGCUUCAGCGCAGCCCAGCCCUGGGGGUUACAGUCCCCUGGGGAGUGAAGCCGCGUGCAGACGACCUCUCUCUUUCUCUGCCCAGAUCACCUGCUGGCUCACCCCAGGUGCCCGCAGUGGCCUGGCAGGCACAGGGCAAGGCCAGAAGCUCCAGCCUGGUCUCCCACAGGGGGGCGGGGCCCGAGCACUGAGGCGCUUUAGCAAGGAGCUGAGAUGUGGGGCCUGCAUGCUGACCAGCUGCUGGGACGGUGUUUCCACAAUUCUCCGCGGCAGGCAGGCCGGGCACGGGCGGGGCAGGGCUAGGGGUGACAUCCCGCCCGGGGGCCUGGCCGUGGCUGGGGGCUCCGCUUUACUCAGCUGCCCUCCCGCCCAUGCGACCGCCACGCAGCCACCUUGGAGUCAGAGCACAGCCCCCUGGGGGGAGACCAGGGCACAGCCCCCAGCACCCGCCGGGCUGCUCUGGCCGUCGGGGGGCGCCCCAGCUGUCGGGGGCCCUGUCUCUAACCCAGCCCGAGACACCCGGGGCACCAGGCGGGUCGCCCAGCACGGGCACAGAGCCCAGGACAGGGGCCCGAGGGAAGCGACAGGGGUCUGGAAGUGUCUCGGAGGCGGAGGCGCAGGUCACAGCCAGAGGAGCCAGGCUGUGGGAGCCCGCGCCCCGCCCGCCCACCCGCGCAGGGCCCAGAUGAAGUCCCCGGGAGGGCCCAUGGCCCCCUUCCCCGGCACCAGGCCCUAUGGGGCCCGGCAGCCACCACCUACCUGUCCGCCAGCUGCUGGGCGCCAGGCCCACGCCGCCGCCACUCGCUCCGCGCCGAGGACUCGGGUCAGACGCCGCGGCUGCCAAGCUCCUGAAUUUACCAAGAAUAUUGAUCCACUCGUUCAUGUUUCAUACAAACUUAUGACAUUUUAA